CUUCCGCGAAUGAUUUUAUUACUACCGUAUUCGUGACGACGCGCGAACUAACGAAUGAAAGAAAAUUCUCCGAGUAAAAUCGACUAGAACGAAUUUUCCAAGGAAAUCUUAAGCUAAGAAAAGUAUGAAUCGUGGUGUCGAUGAGAGUGGGAACGAGGAGAUAAGUUUGCCUCCGAUACGAACACCUGGACCGAUUAAAAUUUGGAAGACGGUAGAUGGAUUCAAAACUAUUGGUGGUGUAUCAAAACCCGUGAAAAUUGUUAUACAAGAAAUACCAGAGGAUAGAUACGAAGAUAUGCUUGAUCAUUUCACUACUCAUUUCGUGAAUGACGAGCCUUGUUGCGUCAGUAUCAAAUUAAAAGAUGACCCAGUGGGCAUAAAAGAUCUUCGAAAUAUAUGGAAAAUUAUUUUAAAACAAGGCUUGUCAGUCGGUGCUUUCGUCGAUGAUCCAAAAGGAGGUAAACCCGAAAUAGCGGGAGGAAAUAUACUGGGCUAUGAAAAUAAAAACGACGAUAGAAAAAUCGAUAAAUAUAAGAUGCAACCAUCCGCGGCUAAGAAUCUAGUUACUCCUGCACUAGAAUUGUACAAAGAGGCAAAAGUUUACGACUAUUACAACACGGACAAACACUUAUUUGCUUUAGGUCUAAUCGUUCAAUCUUCUUAUCGUGGGCAUCAUCUUGGUGCGCACAUUUUAAGUGUAAGGGAAAAGAUUGGCCGAGAGUAUAAGAUUCCCAUGACGUCGACACCAUUUAGUUCCACGAUUUCUCAAAAAUCAGCUGCUCGUUGCGGAUUCGAAGUAAUUUUAUCUAGAGAUUACGAUCAGAUAUUAGACGAGCAAGGAAAGGAAGUAUUUCCUGGUAUUAAAUUUAAAGCAAUGCAAGUGAUGGGAAGAAGAUUGUAUUAAAGUAUCAUCGUCUGUUUUCUUUCGCUCGUAUUGACAGUCGUAUAUGUAUGAAAGUAUUAAAAAUGCAAACGUUUAAACGUCAAGAAAAACCGUAAGCAAUUCGAUCAUUAAACGCAUGAAAUGAAUUCAAGGAAACGAAAAGAAAAAAAAAGGAAAGUACAAGUAAUUAAAAUUGAUUGGCUUAACGUUGCAUGACCCGUUAUCAAAUCAAAUACCUAUCUUCGUCUUUUACAUUUGAAAUUUUUAUUAUUUAUUUACAGGCUUUAAGAAAUUUUUUGAGUACACAUUUUAAAUCGUACUUAGUAGUUCUCAGCACUUAAUUUCAUUUGAAAGUCAAAUGUUUUCAAUAAUUAGAAUACGUAUAUACAUAUACAUAUAUAUAUAUGUGUGUGUGUGUGUGUGUAUGUAUAGAGCAAAUAACUAUAAUAUAGCCUAGAUAUCAAUUAUUAUCUAUUAUAUUUCAUAUGAAAUGUUAAUCGAAUUAAGGAUAUCCCACAUGAAAAUUAUUUUACUUGUGUAAAAAUAAUGUUUCUUGUACAAUGUCAUUGCAAGAAAAAAUAAAAACUUGUUGCAAAGUCUA